GUGGCUGCUAGCUCUUAUUGAAAUCUUAUGCAAGCCUGCACCUUGUAAACACCUCCGCUCUCAGUAAUUGCAAAGCGUUGCCCCCUUGGCACCAAGAGGGGAACGUGGGUCGGAGGGGAGCAGCAGCGAUGGCCGGAGCCGAGGAAGACGAAGUGGCUCCUCCUGCUCCACAUCCUGUAGAUCCACAACAACCCAUAGGACAGGGGCCGGCGGCAAAGCGGAGCAGGUCGGAGCACCACCACGGCGCCGGCGACGCGCCGUCCUUCAGGAUGGAGGACCUGCCCGUGGAUGUUCAAGCUGUUAUAAUGUCGCUUCUUCCACUGAAAGAGGCUGUGAGGACAAGCAUUGUUUCAACAAGUUGGAGAAUGAUCUGGACAUUCCGCUGUAAUUUAUCUUUUAAAGGCCCCCGUUAUCUGCAUGAGAAUGAUACCAAAAUACAACAAGCAAAAUGCAUUGAGACAGUAAAUUGUGUUAUUCAGCAGCAUAGUCGGAUAGGGAUCAAUAAGUUCAGCAUCAGGUGUGGCCUGUUCGAGGAGGACUCUGUUCAUCUCGACAGGUGGAUUCGGUUUGCCGCCUCAUCGAAGGCAAAGAUAAUACAUCUUGAUCUGAGGUUCAAGGACGUGUUCGAAGAAGUAAACCACUUGCAUCUUGAGGCCUUAUUAGAUGCUCAAGGUAGCUCAUUUCUACGGUCCUUGUUUCUUGGAGGUGUUGUUAUAAAGCCACACUCAGCAAUAUGUGGCUUUACAAUACUCAGAAGGCUUGUUCUGCAAUCAGUCACGAUAUCCGGAGACUUUACAGGCUUUUUGGCAAAUUGUGCAGCACUUGAGGACCUAGAGAUGAUCGAGUGCUCCGGUUUAACUAAUUUAAUCAUACCACAGCAACUUGAUAAACUCCAGCAUUUGCUAAUUGAUGGAAUGGAAGUGGAGAUGGUCGAGUUUUAUGCUGCAGAUCUUUCUCAUUUUGAGUACAAAGGGCAAGUGGUCCCCAUAGUGCAUCAUGGUUGCUCAAAAUUAAAGAAGGCAACAAUAAUGUUUAGUGGUAAGAAAGGACUGGCCAAGGCAUUCACUGCAGUUCCAAGCAUUUUGCCAGUGAAGAUAUUAAAUGUGCGAUCUGUUGCUCUAUCAAAAUAUUCACAGUUGCAGAAACUGCCAACAAGACCUGACGGAAUGUUUAUGCAUUUGAGGCACAUGACUUGUAGAAUAAUUGUCCAUUCAAGACCACAAGAAGCCAAUUACGACAUUGAAGUUCUUCAACUGGCCUAUUGUUUGGAUGCUGCACCCCAGCUGGAGACAUUGCAAUUGAAUAUGUUCUAUGUGUCAUCCAGUGGUGUGUCCAGUGCAGAGGUGGUGGGCAUGCGCCGGCAUGAUCAUCUCAAGACGGUCUUCAUGAGCGGGUUUCGCUGUUACAAGGCUCAGAUUAAGCUGGCGUGUUGUAUCUUGGAAAAUGCUUCUGUUCUUGAGAAACUGACAAUAGAACCAAGGAUCACAGGCGCAAGAUAUCUGGGUGAUAAUACCGACCUGCACAAAAUUUUACCAGGGGUCUGUGAGUGGGCGCAACUUACCUCCGAGCGCUUCGGUAAGGUGAUCAAUGUCUCAGGUGCUCCCCUUCACAAGAAAAAAGCUGGAGGAAAAACUACUGCAACUGGGAGCAAAACUAAUCGAGCGGGUGGCAAGUGAGAUAUACAAGGCGACGCAGGGAUGGAGACUAGAAGUUCAGCGGCUGGAAGGCUGAGGCCAGCGAAGAAAGAUAGGCCUCCUCUCUUGUUGUUCGGCUUGUAACCUUGAACUUGUGGGAGAAUAACUCUAUGGCAAAAUGAUGUAUGCGAUGCAUCUUUUGUAUUCCUAUGCGGCAGGGUAGUUCUUAGCUUAGUGUUGCUGUGAUGCGAUCUGAUAAAAACCUGAUGGCCUGGACGGGACCUCGUUUGUGCUCGCUUUUGGUUUCGUUAAUGAAAUCGGAGGGAAACCUCUUUCAUUAAAAAAAACUGCUUAUAGGUUC